AUGACACUACCACCGUCGCCAACAUCAACGCAUCUGACUGGUACAUCAUCAAUUCUUUCGGUUAGCUAUCCUCAAUUUACGCGUAACGCAUCAUGUCCAACACAACGUACAUUAGCAUUAACUAUUGACAAGAAAUAUAGUUCAUCAUCGAAUACUUUACAUACAUAUUUCAAUCAAACAAAUCAACGUUCAAAUACAAUUCCAGCACAGCAUUCAACGAUAUUAGAAAAUGAAAAUAUUCUUCAAAGAAUAAAGACUCGUGUUGUUAAUCUCUUUAAGCGUGUGUCAAAUGGAAAUUCACUAAAUAACAAAGAUCUUCAAAUGGAUUUAAAUCAACAACCAUUGUCUACAUUUAAUUAUGAUCCGGAACUUGAUUUACGUGAAGAACACUUAUCAUUAGUUUCAAAACGUUUACUGACAACAUUACGUGAAAGUAAAAUAAAGCAUUUAUCAUGUGAUAAUUUAUUUCUUCCAUGCAAUCAUAUUCGUAAUAUUGCAAGACAAUGUUUGAUUAUGUCAGCUGAAGAGCCAUUUGGUAUAAUGGGGGCACAAAUUAAAAUAAAAUUAACAUUACUAUCACCGAAUAUGACAAAAACAAUAACAAAAUAUUUGCCGGUCAUUCAGAUAAAUCCGAAACAGAAGACGACAUUUGAAAUUGAAAUUGAUUUACAUGAAGAUACAAAAGUAUUCACAUUAAGACAUUUUCUUCCACAAAUGAAAAUGUUUCAACAAAUUAAAGAACGUAGUCCUUUAUAUGUAAGUCCCCGGUGUUUACUCAUUAAAAAUGUCUUCUAUAAAACAGCCGAACCGAAACGAGCUUUAGUUAAUUCAUCUUGA